AUGCCCAUGCUUCAAGAUCCCUCGACGAAAUACAAGCGAUUUCCUCCCAUUGAAUUGCCCGAUAGACAAUGGCCAUCAAAAACUCUCGACAAACCUCCAAGAUGGCUCAGCACAGAUUUACGAGAUGGCAAUCAAAGUUUGGUCGACCCUAUGGAUGGUGAACAAAAGUGGAAGUACUUUAAGAUGUUGGUGGAGCUUGGUUACAAGGAGAUUGAAGUCUCAUUCCCUUCUGCUUCACAGACAGAUUUCGAUUUCACCAGGCGCCUUGUUGAAACUCCUGGUGCCGUACCGGACGAUGUCUGGCUCCAAGUUCUUUCACCGUGUCGUGAAGAAUUCAUGAAGCGAACUGUUGAUUCCCUCAAGGGCGCCAAGAAGGCCAUUUUACAUAUCUACCUUGCUACUAGCGAGUGCUUCCAGAGAAUUGUGUUUGGUUUGAAUGAGGAAGAGGGUUUGGCAUUGGCAGUUAGGUGUGCUAAGUAUGCUCGAUCUAUUACAAAAGACGACCCCGAGCACGCCGGUACAGAGUGGGCUUUCGAGUUCAGCCCUGAAACCUUCUCGGACAGCAGACCGGAAUACGUGAUUAAGGUGUGCGAAGCAGUCAAGGAGGCGUGGGGUCCUACCGAAGAGAAUCCAAUCAUCUUCAAUCUCCCUGCUACAGUCGAAAUGUCAACUCCUAAUGUUUACGCCGACCAGAUCGAAUACUUCUGCAGGAAUAUCACAGAGAGAGAAAAGAUUUGCGUCAGCUUACAUCCACAUAAUGAUCGCGGUUGUGCUGUUGCAGCUGCGGAGUUGGCACAGAUGGCUGGUGCGGACAGAGUCGAGGGAUGUUUAUUCGGGAACGGGGAGAGAACAGGAAAUGUGGAUUUGGUUACUUUAGCCUUGAAUCUUUACACCCAAGGAAUUAACCCUAAGAUUGAUUUCUCGGAUCUCGAACGAGUGAUAGAUGUUGUUGAAAUCAGCAACAAGAUCCCAGUUCACCCAAGAGCACCCUAUGGGGGCUCAUUGGUUGUAUGUGCAUUCAGCGGUUCUCACCAGGAUGCAAUUAAAAAGGGGUUCCAACUCCGAAAGAAGGGGGGCCAUGGAGAUGAGAAUCGCUGGGAAGUGCCAUAUCUUCCUCUCGAUCCUCAGGAUAUCGGCCGUACUUACGAAGCUGUCAUUCGUGUCAACUCACAGAGCGGCAAGGGUGGUGCCGCAUGGAUUAUCUUAAGAAACCUUGAGCUUGAUCUUCCAAGAGGAUUACAAGUUGCUUUCAGCAAAGUGGUUCAAAAGCGUGCUGAUGAACUCAGUCGUGAACUUCUUUCGCGCGAAAUCCAAGAUUUAUUCGAGCAAACCUACUACCUCAAGCACAAUCCAAGAUUCAGUCUUGUUGAUUACUCUAUCAGUACCGAUAGAAGUGCCUCGCCUGUGCCUCCCGCUCCAGGUAAGACGCAGGACACGACGAACUUGAAGCGUCGAUUCGAAGGUGUCAUUUCGAUUGAUGGAAAAGAGCAUGAAUUGAAGGGAUUGGGAAAUGGACCGAUUUCUAGUUUGGCAAACGCGUUGAAGAGCUUAGGUAUUGAUCUUGAGGUGGCAGAUUAUAAGGAGCAUGCAGUUGGUGCUGGAACAAAUGUCAAAGCUGCGUCUUAUAUUGAAUGUACAGCUUCAGGUUCUAAGGAGAAGGUAUGGGGUGUCGGAAUUCAUGAGGAUGUGGUUCAAUCUUCUUUGAUUGCGCUUUUGAGUGCAGCUUCAAAUUUCAUGGCAAGCAGACCCUCAACACCACUACUCUUCAAGGGUAAGCAUGGUAUCAGCACCAGUCGUGACCUCGAGCUUGAUAGCUCGGCAAAAGAAAACGCCAGUCUUGCAAUUCCCAAACCCACUGCAGCACCAAAGAGUGGACCGGAUGCGGUGAGUGUUUUGGAGGCAAAAGUUAAUGAUGCAUAA